CCUACUUAAGUUCAUCCCAAUCAUUACAGGUUAGAGUGACACUGUAGAGCAUGUCCAUCCCGAUGAGAGUGCACCGACGCACAUCAUCCUCAUAAAUCAACCAAAAUGUCACUAUUAAGAAUUGUCAUCGGUUCUAGACAUUUGUUGAAGAAUGGAGACACCAAGGGGGGCAUGUCAUGGAAGCACCUGCUGAGAACGAAGGGACAUAUAUUCAGUACAAUAAAACGUGAAUUCAAUGUCAAUUCGAAGAGAUACGUUGCUAAACAAUCAUCAGAUGUUAAUAAAUUGUCCAGCCUUGGUAAGUACACACUCGGUGGCUUCGCUGUCAUUUCUACAGGAAUUUUGAGAUUAAACUCGAGAAGAGGAAAAUGCCAAACAUUAACUGAACAAGCGAUAACGGAGAUACAUGACGAUGUGAAGAUUGAAUCCUUUAAAUGGUACAGGCUAUUGAAGUAUGUUCUUCCUCAUUUGUGUCAUCUGUUGGUUGCCAUAACCAGUGCAUUUGUCGUAGCUAUUCUAAACAUAUGGAUUCCGCAGUGUGUGGGACAUGUAGUAAAUGUAAUUACAAAAGUGAGACACGAGGGUAAAAGUAGUUACGAUGAUAGUGACUUCAUGACAAGUAUUUUCCAACAAUUGGCAGCUCCUGCGUUCAGACUGGCUCGCAUGUAUGUUAUACAAGCGUUAUUCACUUUCACCUAUAUCUACACUCUUUCCUGCGUUGGGGAAGGAGUCGCCCAGAGACUACGCUACGAUCUUUUCCAAUCAGUGAUGCAGCAGGACAUUGAAUUCUUCGAUAAAAAUCGAUCUGGAGAGAUCAUCAGUCGUCUAACGAGUGAUAUCCAAGACUUCAAGAGUUCUUUCAAAAUACUUGUGUCACAGGGACUGAAAAGUUUAACCCAAAUUGUUGGUUGUGUCAUAUCUGUGAUAAUCAUAUCACCCCAGUUGACUGGUGUUAUGGUAUUGUGUAUGCCAACGGUUAUAUUUAUUGGUAGUUUUAUUGGAAGAAGGUUGAGGAAAUUGUCUGCUGAGGCACAAGCGCAAAUCGCCAAAUCCACUGCCGUCUGUGAAGAAGCUAUACAAAGUAUUCGAACGGUGAGAGCGUUUGCAGCGGAAGAAAAGGAACUCGAUGUAUUCGCAAAAGAAGUCGAUGAAGCCACGACAUUGUAUGAAAAAUUGGGCCUUGGUAUUGGAUUAUUUCAAGCUGGAACAAAUUUAUUUCUAAAUGGAAUCUUGCUCUCUACUUUAUACUUCGGGGGACACUUGAUGUCCAGUGGACAGUUGUCACCUGGGGAUCUUAUGGCAUUUCUCAUGGCAACGCAGACCAUUCAGAGAUCCAUGACACAGCUCUCUGUGUUGUUUGGGACUUAUGUGAGAGGUGUCAGUGCUGGGGCCAGAAUUAUGGAGUAUUUAGAACUACCACCAGGGCCCAUCAUGGUUGGUGGUAAAAACGUCACGAACGAAACCUUCAAGGGAGAUAUUGUCUUCGAAAAUGUAAAAUUCAGUUAUCCCACACGACCAGAGUUCGUGGUUUUAAAGGACUUCCAUCUGAAUAUUCCAGCGGGGAAAACGGUGGCUAUUGUAGGCACCAGUGGUAACGGAAAGUCAACGAUUGCUGCAUUGCUAGAGAGAUUAUACGACGUCACAGCAGGAUCAAUAAAAAUAGACAAUACAGACAUUACGACGUUAAACUCAAGUGAUCUCAGGGGGAAAGUAUUGGGAUAUAUCGAUCAAGAACCAAUUCUAUUUUCUACUAGUAUUAUGGAAAACAUUAGAUAUGGUAAUAUGGAGGCAACUGAUAAAGAGGUCAUUAGCGUUGCGAAGGAAGCAAAUGCCCACGACUUCAUCGAAUCAUUUCCCGAUGGUUAUGAUACUAAGGUUGGGGAACGAGGGGCUCAACUUUCUGGAGGACAAAAACAACGCAUCGCCAUUGCCAGGGCUCUAUUGAAGAAACCGUCAAUUCUGAUAUUAGAUGAAGCAACAAGUGCCUUGGACUAUGAAAGUGAGAGAAUCGUCCAGAAGGCCCUCGACAAAGCCACUCAGGGAAGAACUGUCCUAGUCAUAGCUCACAGGCUCAGCACUGUCAGAAAUGCUGAUUUGAUCGUAGUAUUACAGCGAGGAACCAUCGUAGAAAUGGGAACUCACGAAGAAUUAAUUGAAAAACACGGGGCCUACUUCGAUUUAAUAAAACGUGAAGAGACUGAGAUCGACAGUUAAAGUUGUUUUCUUACUGUGUCAAUGGAAACAGAGAGAAAUAUAAAUUUGAAAGGAUGUUAAAUUUUUCUACAGAUAUUCUGUCAUCACCCCUGUCAUUCAAAACUUCAUUCUUAAUCCUGAUUAAUUUGAUCCCAUUCUUAAUGACCCCAUAUUAUUUUUCUAAAAUCCUGUUAGAAAUACAACUAAAUUCGACCUCGACGAUGAUCACUUUGUAUUCAAAACAUUGACAGAUAGCGUUAAAUUGUUUUUUUCCAUUAGCUUGGAUAACAAUGACUGGCUGAGUGUAUUAAAUAAUUUGAAGUAACGUAAACAGUUAAUAGUUCCGAACCAUGAACUUCAUUUUUUAAGGUACCACUCAAGCCCUAGAGACAAUCAACUUUCAGCUCGAAACCCCUCAAAUCGUCUCAAUACUGCAACGAAUACA